GAUGAAUUGGAUAGGAGUGCUACUCUUGUGCACGGCUGCAGUCACAGUUAGUGCCAGACACAGGAAAGAAUGGCUAGAAGAGAAUCGGAGGAAGUUAUCUUGGGAAAAUAGACCUAUACUUUAUGAACCAGAUAUUCCUGUAUGCACGCGAGGUGCUGGAUUUUACCGAGAUCCAAAUGACUGUAGACAGUUCAUUCGUUGCGUAGAUAACUUCAACAAUGGAGAACACUUCACUACGUUCGUUGGACGCUGCGAGCCGGGACUCGUUUUCGACGAGAACACGAGCUCUUGCAACUGGCCAGAGCUGUCAGCCCCCUGUUUGAAAUCGCCAGACAGAUUACGUAAUCCCUCGAAAAAAGAACACGUGCAACAAAUUUCUCAAAAUACUCAUAUUGCUCAAGAGCCAAUUAUUCAAAACGAGCAGAACCAGAAAGAAAGCGGCCAAAUACCUCAAAAACAGGAAGAAGUUUUUGAGGAAGUAGCAGACUUCGCACAACAGGAGAGUUUCGAUACAUCUAACGACCAAACCAGUCAGGGUUUUGGACAAUCGGAAGUACAAGCGGGUGCAUUUCAACAAGUCGUACAAAAAGAAGAUGGCAAAUUUGAAAUCGUUUCAACUGAAAAUGAAAAACCCACACAAGGACAAAUUCAACAAGAAUGGUGGGUACCCGAAGAAUCCCAGUCAUUUUCUACAGCAGCCGAGGAAGAAGUUUCAGAGACUCAGCUUUCCCACCCGGAAGAGAUUCCAAUUUUAUGCUCAGGUGAAGGAUUUUUUAAGCACCCUUCAAACUGCAGUCGCUUUAUUCGAUGUGUGACUCUACAGGAAGGAGUGUUCUCCGUUCAUUUCUUUGAAUGCCCAAGGCUACUCUCAUAUGAUGAAAAAGCAAGCUCAUGUGUAUUGGCAAACGUUAGUGGUUGCGAGCAAAGAACGAGGAAGAAACGACAAGCUCAAAGCUCAGGUUUAGAAUGCAAUGAUGAAGGAUUCUUUAGGCAUCCGGCAGACUGUAGAGCGUUUUACCGAUGCGUUAAACAAUCUCCAGGUUCUUAUAAGACGCAGAUGUUUUCUUGUCCUACAAAUUUAGUUUUCGAUCAAGAGUACACAACAUGCAACUGGCCGGAAAAAGCCCCACCAUGUGAAAAUCGGAGGCAGAUGUACACACCAACUAGAAAUCCGUACGCUGAUUCUGCAAGAAGACCUGCCAAUAGACAAACACAAAAACCAUUAAAAAGAAAAGAACAGACAACUACUAAACCCAAACUUGAUUACCUUGAUGAAGCAAUGUCAUCAUUGGUAAGAGUCCGUACCACACAAAAACCCCAAACUACGACAAAAUCAGAUUUUGAAAGAAUCAAGCCAAAAUGUAAUGGUCCAGGCUUCUUCCGCAAUGAUCAGGACUGCACAAAAUUUUACAAAUGUGUUCAGAGAGGGAAUUAUUUCGUACGAUACGAAUUAAGUUGUCCUAAUAAUUUUGCCUACGAUGAAGUUUCCAGAAGGUGUGUUGCGCAAAGAUAUGUACGUUCCUGCUCUAGAUCUUAUAGACCAUACCCUCCCAUUCAAUAUGACGAAGAAAGCCCUUCCACAAGCGCAACACCUCAAGCCGACGAAAAGCCAAGAGAACAAGGAGACGGCCCAGUUUGCGAAAAAGAAGGUUAUUUCCGACACCCUGACGACUGCAAUAAGUUCUAUAGAUGCGUAGAUUACACUGGAGAUGAAAAGGAGUUUGUUCGUUACGAUUUCAACUGUCCUGAAGGUCUCGUUUUUGACGAAACAAACAGCGUAUGUAAUUGGCCAGAUCAGAGUUCACCUUGCGAGGGAGGCAAUGACAGAGACGGCUCUUCUGAUUCAAGUGACGAAUCCGGUGGUUAUUCAACGUCAAGCUCCUAUGAGAGUACAACAGAACAGGUACAAUCAACUACGAGUGAACCAUCUCAAACAACAUCGAGCUCUUCAACAGCUGGAAACGACGGAGAUGGAUCAGAAAAGGGAGAUGGUGAAAAUGAAUCAAAAGAUGGUUGUACAAAAGAAGGGUUCUAUCGAAAUCCAGAUGACUGUAAUAAGUUCUAUCGAUGCGUCGAUUUUAGCGGAGACGGAAAGGAAUUCGUGCGCUAUGAUUUUGACUGUCCUGAAGGCUUAGUAUUUGAUGAAGUCAACAAUGUUUGUAACUGGCCAGAUCAAAGUCCUCCUUGUGACGGAAAAUCUCAAGGGGAAGGGAACCAAGGUGAAGAAAAACCUGAUGAAGGAAAUCAAGGUGAAGAAAGACCUGAUGAAGGAAACCAAGGCCAAGAAAAACCUGAUGAAGGGAAUGAAGAAAGGCCAGGUGCAGGCAGUGAAGAAAAGCCUGGUGAAGAAAGUGGGGAAAGACAAAGCAGCACCCAAGAAAGCGUUUCAGAAACUCCCGAAUCUUCUACAAAAGACACCAAUGGUCAAUCGACUGAUUCUUCCUCUCAGAAAGGUGAAUCAAGUACAGGUGAAUGUCGAGAGGAAGGUUUCUUCCGAAAUCCAGAUGAUUGCAGCAAAUUCUACCGAUGUGUUGAACAAAAUGGCCAAUUUACUAAAUAUGACUUUGCUUGCCCUGAAGGAUUAGUGUUUGACGAAGUAAACAGUGUAUGCAACUGGCCAGAACAAAGUGCUCCUUGCGAAGGAGGUAAAUCUGGACAGGGAAGCGAAAGCACAGAUGCAGGAGAGACAAGUGACUCGGCCUCACAAUCAACUGAAUCCUCGUCUGAAAAAACGGAAGGUUCAACUACUUCCUCCACAACAGAACAAUCUGCUGGGCAAUCGACGGAAGCACAAGGAACAACUACCUCUGAUAGAACUACGGGUGAUGCCACUACCAGUGGAGGCGAGCAAUCUAAAAGUAGUGGAGAAUGCACGCAAGAAGGGUUCUACAGAAAUCCAGAUGACUGUGGAAAGUUUUACCGCUGUGUUGAUUUUAAUGGGGAUGGGCAGCAAUUUGUUAAAUAUGAUUUUGAUUGCCCCGAAGGGUUGCAUUUUGAUGAUGUCAACAGCGUGUGUAACUGGCCUGAACAAAGUCCUAAAUGCGAAACUGGUGCAGGCUCAGGAGAAAAGGGGUCAAGUAAAAACGAAGGAGAAACGACCACGCAGGCAGGAGGUGUGUCUGAACAAACCACGUCAGAAUAUGAGAGUUCUUCAGACUCUCAAUCCACUAGUGACAGUAAAAGUUCGGAAUGCACAGAAGAAGGAUUUUAUAGAUGCCCAGAAGAUUGCAAUAAAUUCUACCGAUGCGUAGACGAAGGAGACGGAAAUUUAGUACGUUAUGACUUUAAAUGUCCAGAUGGCUUAAUAUUUGACGACAAAAAGAAAAAAUGCGAUUGGCCUUCGUCGGAAAACAGUUGUGACUCUUCAUCGACAACAGUACAAAGUACCACUACGAAAGCAACUGAAAGUUCAACCACUGCGUCAACAAGUAGAACAACUCAAAGAGCUACAACAAGGCCUUCGCAAGAAUCUACUACGUCAUCCACAACAAAAAGCACCUCAUCUUCUGCUGACGGCUGCACCGAAGAGGGUUUCUUCAGAAAUCCCAACGAUUGCAGCAAAUACUACCGCUGUUUGGAUGAAGAAGGAGACGGUUCUUUUACAAGAGAAGAUUUCUCUUGUGCAGAAGAUGAAAUUUUUGAUGAAGAAAUGAGAUACUGUAAUCGAAAGGAUUUAGCUCCGCCAUGUGAGGAUGAAAGUAAACCUUCCGAAAAACCAAGUGAUAGCUCUGAAUGUAAAGAAGAAGGAUUUUUCAGAUGCCCUGAAGAUUGUACGAAAUUUUAUCGAUGUGUCGACGAAAAGGGAGAUGGCCAAUUAGUGCGUUAUGAUUUUCAAUGCCCUGAAGGAUUAAUAUUUGACGGGAAAAACCAAAAAUGUGACUAUCCUUCUUCUGAGUUGACUUGUGACACUUCAGCAACUACUGAAUCUGGACAAACCACUGAUUCUGGAUCAUCAUCAUCAGAGGGUGGAGCUUCAUCUUCAAAUCAAUGUACAGAAGAAGGAUUCUUCCGCAACAAAGAAGACUGCAGUAAAUAUUAUCGCUGUCUGGAUGAAGGAGAUGGUACUUUAACGCGAGAAGACUAUUCUUGUGCAGAUGAUGAAGUUUUUGAUGAAGAGAUGAGAUACUGCAACCGAAAAGAUUUAGCUCCUCCUUGCGAUGGGGACGAAACUACUACUGAAAGUUCGUCUGAAGCAAAUAAGAAGUCUGAAUGCACAGAAGAAGGAUUUUUCAGAUGCCCUGAAGACUGCACAAAAUUCUACCGUUGCAUUGAUGAAAGCGGUGACGGUCAAAACUACACGCGUUAUGAUUUUGAAUGCCCUGAGGGUCUGAUAUUCGAUGGUAAAAACAAGAAGUGUGACUAUCCCUCAUCUGAAGUAACUUGUGAUUCUUCAUCUGGUUCUGAACAGUCAACAGAGGCAUCAUCUUCGACAGCAUCGCCUUCUGAUGACACUUCCGGUCAGUGUACAGAAGAGGGUUUUUUCCGAAAUCCCGAAGAUUGCAGUAAAUAUUACAGAUGUCUUGAUGAAGGUGAUGGUAACCUCAAAAGAGAAGAUUUUGCAUGCGAAGAUGAUGAAGUCUUUGAUGAAGAAAUGAGAUAUUGUAAUCGGAAAGAUCUAGCACCACCUUGUGAUGAGCAAUCUAGCACUUCCAGCUCAUCAUCUACAAUCAGCGACUCAUCAUCUACAACCAGCGACUCAUCAUCUACAACCAGCGACUCAUCAUCUACAACCAGCGACUCGUCAUCUACGACUAAAAGCUCCAGCGGUGAGAGUUCAGAAAAUACAGGAGAAUGUAAGGAAGAAGGCUUUCACAGAGACCCUAAUGACUGCGGUAAAUUUUACCGAUGCGUUGAUUUCGAAGGAAACGGGCAGUCGUUCACCAAAUACGAGUUUGAAUGUCCUGAAGGAUUAGUUUUUGAUGAGACGAAUGACGUAUGUAAUUGGCCAUCUUCUGUACCAUCUUGUGAAUCCUCUAGCAGCUCUGAAGAGACAACAUCUGAUUCAACUUCAUCUACAAGUAAUUCUGGUGAUUCAUCCACAACUCGAAACGAAGAUGCAGGAAGUACGCAAUCAUCUACAGCUUCAAGUGAAUCGUCAACUGCUGCAACAGGAGAGGAGUCCAAUCCGGAUGACGGUACUACAUCGUCUGGUGAUCGCUCUACGUCAGAUUCAUCCAGUGGAAGUAAGUCAUCUGGCGAUAUUCAAUGUACAGAAGAGGGAUUUUUCAGACAUCCAGAUGACUGCACUAAAUUCUAUCGUUGUGUUGACUUUAAAGGUACUGGAGAAUCUUACACGCGAUAUGAUUUCGAAUGUCCUGAUGAUUUAGUUUUUGAUGAGGUAAACAGUGUUUGUAACUGGCCAAAUCAAAGCCCUCCUUGUGAGGGCGGAUCGCAAGGUAAGGGAGAAGAAUCCCAGACUACAUCAGACAAUGGUGGUUCUCUAAGUACUACGGAAAGCAGUGGUACUUCCACAUCAAGUACCGAUGAUCGAGGAACAACCUCACAAUCUAGUGGCACAUCCUCAUCGGAUGAAUUUCAGUGUCAAGAAGAAGGCUUCUUUAAACAUCCUAAUAGCUGCAAAAAAUAUUAUGAAUGUAAAAGAGAUGAAGAUACCGGAGAACUCGUAAAAAUUGACUGCGAGUGCCCAGAAGGUCAUGUGUUUGAUUCAGAAGCUUGGUAUUGCAACUCCGAAGAAUUAAGUCCACCUUGUGAUGACGGAUCUUUUAAGUGUACUGAAGAAGGAUUUUUCCGUGAUCCAGAGGAUUGCACCAGAUAUUACCGUAACAGGACAGGACCCGGAGAAAAUGACUUUUCUAGCCAGAGUUUCCAAUGCCAAGACGGUACUGUCUUUGAUGAAAGCGGACGCUAUUGCAAUGCACCGGAACUGAGUGAACCUUGUGAUGGUUCUUCUAGUACAACUGCGGGUGGCAGUUCAUCAGCUACAGAGUCAUCGGAGUCUAAUACAACUGCGGGUGGCAGUUCAUCAGCUACAGAGUCAUCGGGGUCUAGUACAACCUCAUCCGGGUCUGACACAACCUCAAAACAAUCAUCCGACCAAGGAGAGUGCACUCAAGAGGGUUUCUUCCGGAAUCCCGAUGAUUGCACCCAGUAUUAUCAAUGCGAGAAAAGCGAAGAAACCGGAGGGUUUGACAGAACCGAUUACACCUGUCCAGAUGGUCGCAUUUUCGAUGAGGGACCAAGUUACUGUAACGAUCCUGAACUCAGUGAGCAACCUUGUGAUUCCGCUACUACACAAUCAGGUACAACUCAACAGCAGGGAAGUGAUUCUGGAAGUGACUCUCAGACCACUUCUUCCUCUGGCACACGCAGAGGAGGUGGUAAUCCUGAAUGCAAAGAAGAAGGUUUCUUCAGACAUCCGGAUGACUGUAACAAGUUUUACAGAUGUGUUGACUUCUCUGGCUCUGGAGAAUCGUACGUCCGAUACGACUUUGAUUGCCCAGAAGGACUGCAUUUCGAUGAAGUGAAUUCGGUGUGCAAUUGGCCUACGAUGACCCCACCAUGUGAAUCUAAUAGCAGAGCUUUUCUACAGUGAAUAUUACGGUCAUUUCUAUAGUGAGGUGACAUAUUCUGUCUAAAAUGUAAAUAUUAUGCACGAAUUCAACUGAUGAAGCUGUUUACUGAAGGACGAAAAUGCAAAGGGUUUUCAUAGUAGCUAUUCAUAUUGCUCAAGUCUGGGAAAAGCCACUGAGGCUUAAAUUUUCCUAUUUAGGGGUCUAUUUCUUCGAUUUAAUGUUCCUUUAUUUUAUGAAGUCGAAAAAAAAACUGCACUCUUCUUCUGGAGCAGAAAAAAGUGCAGUUAAUUUACAAAGACUUUUUUAAAGACUAUCAUUUCGACAAAUUUCGUCAAAAUGUCUCCUUUUAUUAUGCAGUUUUUUUUUCUAUUUUUUGCUGAUUGAAAUAAUAAUGGCGUAGGUCAAUAAAUAUGAUUGACUGCAUUUCUAUUUUUGAAAAAAGGCUAAAAGACUUCUAUCUAAAAAUAUUCCUUCGAUUUCUUCUCUGAGAAAGCUGAAUUUAGAUUCCGAAUCGUUUUGCUAAGCCAUGGCUAAUCGUAAGUUAAAUCGGGGAUAAGUUUCAUAUGCAGUUAUAUACAAAAUAAUGUUCGAGGAUCGAUACACUCGAUCGCAUAUUGUCUCCGAGGAAAAAACCCUUUCUUUUUUGCUCUUCUUCAUAAUCAUGUCAUCGUCUCCUAUAUGUCACGUGAUAGUCUACAGAGUGCCAAUCUGUAAAUGUACAGAUCUUUGGUUGUGGUUCAUUUUAUUUAUUUAUUUCAUUAUUUAUUUCUUCGUAUACUCUGCCGUCCAUCUCUUUCUGCAUGAUAGCAUCAUAUCAUUAUGUAUUUCAACACAUCAAUGGAAGAAAUAGGCUAACUGUGUCUGAUGCAGGCUACUUAUAGAUAAAGAGAAGUUUGGAACAUUCUUGUUUUAAGAGAAAUCAUGAUUGCGAUUUCCACUGGGUCUCAGUUCAAGCUAAUGUCGUUUAGCUCAAUACAAACGAUUGCAUUUAACUCAUGCACUGAUCAGUUAAUAAUCAGCACUUCUUUAUUAACAGUAUAAAGGCAUAAAAAUUGCUCAGCUCACCGCAAUAUCUUGCUUUUUAUUGCAGCGUUUUAAAGUCCUUCAUGUUCAAACUCUACCAUGCCAAAUUAUUGGCCAAGCAUAACCUACAAGUCACUAUGAAUGCUAAACUUAAAUAUUUAUCUACAGUCAUUUUCUUUAUCAAAGUUUUAAAAUGUUUACAUUCGUUUGUAAGAGUUUCGAUUUAAAUUAUGUGUGGUUUUCUUUAAUUAUACAAAAUAUAAUAAUAUAUUAAUUAUACAAAAUAGAAUAAUAUUUUUUAACGUUUGAUCUUCCUGGUUUUAAAUGUUAUCAUUUAUCAUAAAGCAUAAGUGUUACAGAAAUAAUACGUCUUAAAACAAAUAGGUUCCAGUAUUUAGUGCAUUUAAACAUUCGGUAAUCUUUCUUUGAACGUAAUCAUUCAAUCACAAAACAAAUAAUGUCCAUCAUUUCCUGCUUCUUUUGAAUGCAAUUGCUCAAUCAUAAAGCUAGCAAUUGUACAGUAUGAAGAACACUUAAACGCUUCAUCAUCCUAUUGUUUUAAAUUCAAUAACUCAGUCACAAAACAAACGAUUGUACAGGACUAAUCGCUCAAUCAUAAAAACAAAAUGAUGAUCAGUUUUUAUUGCAUUUUUAAGUUUCUAUCAACUUGCACUUAAGUGCUAUUAAUUCAAACUCAAGUAAAUAAGUCCAGUAUUUAUUGCAUAUUUAAGGUUCGAUCAUCCAAGGUUUGAAUGUAAUCAUUAAAAUGAGUCAUCGACUCAUGAGAAUGCUGUCAUUUAUUUAUAUAGAAAGCAUUGUAUCCAACAUUUCACUGAAUUUUAAAAUUUGAUCAAGUUUUAUCUGACAGUUAAAAUUGUACAUCAAAUAGAUAUAUUUUAAAGCUUUAAUUUGAUCUUACAAUCUUACACGACAUUAUUUACUUGUCAAUCUUCUUUUGCCUUGUAAUUUCAAAAUUUAAAUCUAAUUUGAAAUAAAUAUUGACCAUGGAAAACAUUGACAUAAAUAUGGAAAUCACACUAUGGGGAUUUGUAAUGCAAAAUGGUUUGUGGAAAUUUUGAGCGAAAGAAAGAAACAGAACAAGUUACCUAAAAAAUAUUUUUAAAAAAAAUGUGACUUUGGCCUUGAUUCCCCAUAGGUUCCUCGAAUAUCUCAACAUGUCUAAUUCAAAAGUCAUCUGGAAAAAAUUGAAUUAGAGCAAAGAGAAAACCAUACAAAGACUGCCGUUUGUCAAAAAGAAUUUAAACUGCAAUAAAAUAUAUUCAAUCUGAACUUUAUAAGGAAUUAAUUUAGGACAUUCGUGACCAUUUUACACUUAGUGGUGUCGGAUAUUAUUUCUGUAACAGUUGCAUAGUAUUUCAUGAUACAUUUCUGUAAAAUUGCUGAAUCAUUAGUUAUAUCUUUGCUUUUGUAAUUUACUAAAUAAUUAGUAAGAUUUCAAGGAAUAUAUUCGUUUGUAUUGAUGCUUUAUUAUAGCGACUGUGCUAUAUAAGGCUUAAGUGGAGAGCUUGUAGUUUAAUGAUUUGAAAUAUAAUUUGUCGUGAGAAUAUUAAAAUUGAUUAAGGGUGAUUUCAGAAACAAUACUUCGAAACUUUCGAUUCCUAUGCAAUGGUUCUAUUGUAAAAAACUGUUUUCUUUAUCUACAACUUCUACCGUAGCUUUAUGUAAACAGGGAAUUAGAUCACUGUUGUUCUAUUUUGUUGUGAUUUAAAAUCCAGCCUAUAUUUUUGUAAACGGAAAAUGCCGUCCAAGUGCCUUAUACCUGCACGAAUUGUUCUGAUCCAAUUCAAAAAUAAUUUUUGAUUUGUGAUUUUUUUAUUGAUGAAAAUAAAGUUACUUUUUU